AUGUCUGCCAGGCCCCGACGCACCGCAGUGAAGAGUGCGGCCAAGAGGCCAAGAACAUCUGCAGAAGAAGAGCCAAUCGAGUCAGAGGCCUCCGAGGGAUCUGAGCUCAAGGCCGAGGCACGGCAGGCACUGGCCAGGCUGGUGUCGGCCAAACGGCAGGAGCUGCAGCGCAUUCAGCUCCAAGCGAAGGUCCAGCAGCUCGCAGAGAUGCGGAAGCGGUUGCAGGCUUCCAGAAGCGCUCAGCUUUGCGAAGAUGAGAUGAGGAAUCUUGGAACCGAGGAGAGUCAAAGCGCAUCUUCCGCCCGUGAUCAAUCAGAUCAGGCCCGGCCGCUGCUCACAGCUGCAAAGGUCACAUCGAAUGCCAAGGAGGAGUCACGACGGCGCAUGCGCACGCUCCUUGUGCAAAAUCGCUUGCAGAUGCUCAAAAAGCAGCUCGAAGUGCCCAAGCAGGACGAGGCUGAGGACACUCUGGUCGUGGUGGACUCUGACGCAGAGACCCCCAAGGGGAGCUCCAAGCGGAAGAACGCCCAGGCAGAGCGUCCGACAAGCCGCAUGCGGUCCCGCGUGCCGGUGCUCCUGGCGCCGCGUGGCAUCCGCCUGGUCCCUCGCGAGAGCUGUGAGGAAGUGAGCGCACAAAACACCUCAGACUUGUACAAGAUGCUUGGUGUGAUCAAAGCGCUGGAGCAGCUCCAGCGGCUUGGGAGCUUGUCGACGAGAAUCCUUGGGGAGACCAUGGUGGGAAAGGCUGUGCACAAUGUGGGCAAGGAUGCCGUGGACCCAGAGAUCCGGAAAAGGGCACGGAACCUUGAAGCUCAGUGGAGAAACGAGUACAAGAAGCGAAAAUCGACCUCCGGGGAUGACCUGCUUUUGAAGCGUCGACUGAGCUCCGAUGUCUCAGAGGUUGCAGCAUCGCAAGAGCUUGACAUUGACAAGGACGCAGAAGCACCGCCAGCAACCCUGCCGACCAAGCUGCCCAUGGAGGUCAAGGGAAGCCUCGCGGACGACCCCACGGACCAAAACGAGGGCGAUGCAGGGAAGGUGGCCAACCGCACGCUUGAGAGAGCAAGCUCUACAUUGUCGUCUCAGGGAGACAAGAAGGACGACGGCUACAGGGAUAAGGUACGUGCAAAGCUCAUCGAAGCUUUGGGAAAGGAGGAGGAGAUCGAAGCCAAGGGCGGCGAGUCCCAGAAGACUUCGACGAUGCGGGACCCCGUGAAGCUUGCGGAGGACAUUGAGGAGGAGCUCCACAAGGUCUGGCCCAGCAAGAAGGAUGCCUACAUGAAUCAGGCCCGGUCGAUUCUCUUCAAUUUGAAGGACGCGAAGAAUCCUACCUUCAGGUUCAAAGUGGUGGUGGGAUUCUUCUCCCCAAGGCAGCUGCCCAAGCUGACGGCAGAGGAUAUGGCUAGUGACGAAAAGAAUGCUGAACGGGCCAAGCAAAGGCAGUAUGCCAUGGAGGCGUUGGACCAAGGGUGGGCCUUGAAGAAUGGGCAGCAGCUGACGACUGGGAUGUUCACAUGCGGCAAGUGUAAGGGCAACAAGACCACGUAUUUCCAGAUGCAGACAAGGUCUUCGGACGAGCCAAUGACCACAUUCGUCACAUGCUUGACCUGCGGCAAUCGCUGGAAAUUCUGCUGA